CGGAACCAAAAUACACCACAACUCUGUUUCCUGUUGGACCAUAGACGACGGGGACUUCCGUUGGUGCCUUUUCUAGCUGGAUAACGAUGGCUUUCCCAGAGUUUACAUCGGAAUAAGUAAAGUGGUUGAUGGCCAGUCUCGCUCCUUUCGACCCGUCUGCUCUCGCCUCAUUUCUUUCCACGUUGCUUCCGUGCGGCUUCGCUGUGGGGCCAUCGCGGCUCAGUGGAGGCAGGAUGGGGCUGUGGUGGGUCGGCCGCUCGCUGGAGGGUGGAUCCCUGCUGGGGAGUGAUGGGGACACGGAGUGGGCCUCGAAGUUUCUCACUGACCCGAUGACUCACAGCGGAGAUGGUGAACUCACGGUGAACUCCGAGUCAAAAACAUGUCAGACCAACAGCAGAGAGGCAGAAAAGGAACUGAAGGAGAUAGCAGCAAAUAAAGAAGAAGCUUUGCUAGAAAGAGGUGUCUGGAUCAAAUUUGCCUGCCAGACGCGAAGCAGAGGCCAGCAAAAUGUGUCAGUGCAGUGUACCUGUGUAGAGGUGUGUGCAGGCGAGUGUAUGGACGUGGGUCUGCGCGUGUGUCGGGACAUCCAGCCAGGAACAGAGCUGCUGUUGUACACAGACAUUGUGGAGAAAACAGACAAACCUGACACACAGGACAACUCCUCAGGACUCACAGAUAACGAAGUGGAACACACAAAAGACCCAGAGACUGUGGUUACCAACGAAUCGAUCUCUGAAGAGACGGCAGAGAAGACAGAGGACAAACAGGAGGAAGAACGCCACAGAAGCCCACGCAGAUGCAUCAAGAGGAGUCACACAACCGCACACCUGAGGAAGAGGAGAGCUCAGAAAACCCUGGAGAGUCGCACUAACGCUCACAGAGACAAUAAUAAUAUCACAACAGCAGGUGGACACACAGGCAGCACAUGUAGUGUCCCAGCUGCUGUGGACAGACAGUCACACUGUAAACCUACGGACAGACGGACAGACUCCGGAGGCCUCUCUGCACCUCCUCCCGUCCGCUGCAGCUCCCGCCUGGCUGCUAAACCACGACGCGUUCACUGUCCGACUGGCCGGGGGAAGCAACCCCCUGCCUGCGCAGACCCACCCAAACAGCCAGAGGGGUCAAGCUCCACUGAGGACGCCGCGUCCGUCACAGAGAAGGCCGUAUCCGUGAAGAUCUCACAGCCUGAUGCCGAGGCUGAUGCAGCACCGUGUGUUUCGGAUGCGGGUCUUUCGUGGCAUCCAGAGAUUAGAGAAAGGCGGUACAGGUGCUCCAGCUGUGGGAAAAAGUUCUACCAGAUCGGUCACUUAAAGAAACACCAGUUCAGCCACACAGAAGAGAAACCGUUCAGCUGCCAAGAGUGUGGGAAGAACUACACCUCUGCAGAAAGCUUCAGAGCACAUCAGAUGAGUCACCGCGGGGAGCGUCCCUUCUCCUGCCCUCACUGUGAGAAGAGCUACGGCCUGAAGCGGGACCUGAAGGAGCACAUGGUGCUGCACACCGGGGAGAAACCCUACGUCUGCGAGCACUGUGGCAAGGCGUUCGCUCGCCGCCCCUCUCUACGCAUCCACCGCCUCCUUCACUGCAGCCGAAUGAUUUACACACAGUCUCCGAAGGUGCAGUGUACAGUCUGCCCCAAGCUACUGGCUAACUCCGGCUCUCUGAGGAACCACAUGAAGCUCCACACGGGGGAAAAACCUCACAUCUGUCAGCACUGUGGGAAGUGCUUCAGUCAGAAAGGGAACCUCGAGGCUCACUUGAGAAUCCACAAUGGAGAGAAGCCGUAUCCUUGUUCCGAGUGUGCCCAGAGCUUCUCCCAGAAACCCGACCUCCGUCGACACAUGUUUUCUCACACUGGAGGAGGUUUCCUCUGCAGCUACUGCGGAAAAUCUCUGAGGGACCCGCACAGCCUGAAGUCACACGAAAGACUGCACACUGGAGAAAGGCCCCACCGCUGCCCUGUCUGUGGAAAAGGCUACACCUUGGCCACCAAGCUGCGGAGACACAUAAAGUCAUCCCACCUGAUGGAGAAGCCGUACAGCUGCCACUUGCGGCGCUUCCUACACUGUGAGACAAAGUCUGCUGAGGCAUCAAGCUCAGCACAGGACUGAGGGAGGAACUCAGGAGGAGGUGAAGGCCGUGGAAUCAGAGGAAGGACACAGAGAGGAGAUGAAGAACAGCGACAAGACGGAGGUCGUGCAAGAGUUGGCGGCUUCAGGCUCCAGCCACACGAAGCCGAUCAGAGGCAGACCCAAGAAGAGCUUCCCCCGAGGAGGGUCACAUAAAGCGGAAAAGGGCACGAGGAAAGAUGGAGGAAAAGGACUUGAGGAAAGUUCAAGAGACUGAGACCAUGAGAGCAGAGAUGGGAGGAGAUGAGGAGGCUUCAGGUAACUUCCAACAUGUCGUCUACGUCCACACAGACGACCUGUCCACGCCGAGCUCCACCCCUCUGCUCCUCACCUCCGAGAGCUCGCUGCCUGCGGGGGCGGGGCAGGAGCUGGUGGAGA